UGUCUUCUUUCUGGCUCCGAUGAUGUCAAUAUUCUCCCUGGUGUCAGCGCUCUGCACGCUAUCUUCCUCAAGCAACACAACCGAGUUGCAAAACUUUUAAGAGAGACAAAUCGCCACUGGGCCGACGCAAAACUUUUCGACGAAGCUCGACGUAUUGUCAUUGCACAGCUGCAGCAUAUUACCUACAACGAGUUCCUGCCAAUCAUGCUAGGAACGGAGAAUAUGCGAAAAUACGGGUUAAACUUGCACAAAUCCGGCUUCGAUUCUGACUACGAUAUGUCUAUUGAUGGUGCUGUAUUAAAUGAAUUUGCCGUUACAUUCCCUUAUGUUCUUUGGGCGAUAAUGCCACAGGAUAAACUCUUCUCCACAUUCAACAAUCCCAGCAAGCUAUACGAAAGCCGCGGAGUUGAAAGCAUAUUGAAAUUCAUUCCCACUUACAUGAUAUCCUUUAGACAUCUUAUCACGACAACAAUAGCAAAGCCUUCGCUGAGAGUGAAUGACGAAGUCAAGAGUGAAUUCCUCAAGGAUCAAUUUGGCAUUGGCCUUGAUCUCAUAUCUAUAGCAUUGAAGCAAGGACGUGAUCAUGGCAUACCAUCUUACACCGUUGUACGAGCACAGUGUGGUCUAGGAAAGGUGCGAUCUUUCCACGAAUUGAAGGAGUAUUUUAUUCAAGACCUGAAAUUCGAAUACGUUAACACUAUCUAUGAGAAUGUUGACGACAUCGACCUUUUGAUCGGAGUACUGGCUGAACAGCCGAUAAAGGGUUCACUUUUUGGGCCGACUUUCUCAUGUAUCGUUGGGAAACAAUUCCAAAGAAUAAAAUUCAAAGAAAAUUUCAUUCUUACUGAAGCUUACACAUUGUUGCAGACUCGACGAGGUGAUCGAUUCUGGUAUGAAAACUACUUCGCUCAAUCAGGUUUCAGCGAGAAGCAGCUUAUGGAACUAAGACAGACGAGUUUAGCCGAAAUCAUUUGUUCAAAUACGGACAUCAAGAAGAUCCAAAGUAAUCCAUUCAUGCGGGAAAAUGUGUUCGAGAACAUGGCGAUCGAAUGUCAAUCAUCGAUCUUGACUGCACCAUCAUUCUCCGAAUGGAAAGAUCUUGAAGAUAAACCUACGUUCCCAGUUUCACCUGAUACUUUGGAAAAAGUGGUCAAUCUUGCCAUUCACAACCUAAAGGACCAGAAGAAACGCGAAAUAUCAAAUCUGAAGAAAAAUCAGCACACAUUCGUGAAAGGCGAUCCACUCUACGCUUAUGCGAAUAUGAUGCGUGCUAAGGUACAGGCAAAGCAGAUAUCUCAGGUUUCCGCUAUUUUACUGGAGACCACAAAGUUGCUAGUUAAAGGGGAAACCCUCUCGGAAGAUGAACGACUACCACCUCUUGAGAUUGACGUCCUGCAACGAAUACUGCCAGAUAUAGAUGUGUCAACAUUUGUCAAUAACUUUACUGCCUUUCUUUCCGAAGAUGGACAGUCUACGAACGAAGAUUGUCUGCCAAAGAUGUUGCCAUGUGAUCACACAACCAGAUAUCGAACACACACCGGUUGGUGCAAUAACCUAAAAUACCCCGGUUACGCGAAUGCUUUCACACCUUUGCGACAUCUGAUGCCACCUGUCUACGACGAUGGAUUCGAUGCUCCUCGAAGUCGCGCAAAGAGCGGCAGACCACUACCAAAUCCUCGCAGAAUAUCAAAUGCUGUUUGUGAAGAUCGGGACAUUUCGCAUGUGAAAUUCACCCAUAUGGUAAUGCAAUUCGGACAGUUACUGGAUCACGAACUUACGCACUCACCUACAGCUCGAGGUCCUAAUGAUGAAAUUCUCAACUGUACCAGAUGCGAUUCACCGCAAACCAUCUCCGUACACUGCAUGCCAAUUCGAAUCGAGCCAAACGACCCAUUCUUCCCUGCGACUUAUCCAAAUGGCGAACCACGCUGUCUGGGCUUUGCUAGGUCACUUUUGGGACAACUAAACCUGGGGUACAGAGGCCAGUUAAACCAGCUGACAGCCUACAUCGACGGCUCGGUCAUAUAUGGUUCAACCGAGUGCGAGUCCAGGCAGCUUCGUCUAACAACAAAAGGCCUUUUGAACUUCACGGAUUUCGGCCAUGGUCAGAUGAUGUUGCCACAGGGUAAUCAGGAAAAAGACUGCCGAUCCUCCCCAAGGAUGCCAUGUUUCGUUGCCGGGGACGAAAGAAACUCCCAUCAACCAGGUUUGACAGUGAUGCACACCCUAUGGAUGCGUGAGCACAACCGUAUCGCCACAGCUCUAGGAAUACUAAAUCCUCACUGGACUGACGAAAUCCUGUAUCAGGAAGCCCGCAGGAUACUCGUCGCUGAGCUCCAGCACAUCGUCUUCUCCGAAUUCUUACCAAAGAUAAUUGGUCUAGAUCUGCUAAACGCUCAAGGGCUUGUGCCAAAGAAAACCGGAUACUACACAGGUAGGAUAGAUCAUUGAAU